AAAAACGGCUUCCAGCAAUUCAAAGACACCAAACAGGAGAAGUCCGAGGAGAUGUGGUCACCAUUUAAAAGUCGUAAAGAGUGGCAACUCGCGCGCUGGUUAAUGCUGUCUGGAGUCAGUCAUGGUGAUAUUGAUUCUUUUGCUAAGUUGUCCAUUAUUCAGGACGAGCUACAUUCAUCAUUUAAGGACAAACGUACCUUCUUGAAGAAAAUUGAUGCCUUGCCUACUGUGCGUGGGGGAUGGAUUUGCAAAGAGCUCGAAAUUGUUGGCAACAUCAUGAAGAAGGCCGCCGAUGGCACAGAAGUCCCAAUGACUGAAGGAGUAGAGCUCUGGAGACGGGAUCCCAUUGAAUGCAUCAAGGAGCUUAUGGAGGACCCCCGGUUUGAGGAGCAUAUGCGAUAUGCACCAGAGAGGAUGUUCACUAAUGAGACCAUGCAUAUGCGAGCAAUUGAUGAAAUG